CUAAGUCUUACCCAGAAAGCUGCACAGCAAUAAAUCAUGGAAGUAGUGGUCUAUAUGUCAUAGAGCCCAUACAAGGGAAGCGGCUACUGGUACGUUGUGAAUUUGGUGAAGAUGGUGGAUGGACCGUCAUACAGAAAAACUGCAAAAAAAAACCAAAGAUUUGGGAUACCACAUGGGAGUGCUACAAGAAAGGUUUUGGAGACCCACAAAGUGACUAUUGGCUGGGUAAUGAAAAUAUUCACUUACUGAGCUUUCAAAAGUUGCACCACAUUCGGUUUCGACUGCGUCCUGCCCAUGGUACACAGCACAUAGCCAACUAUGAUUCCUUUGCUCUUGAGGGGGAACAAAGUUGCUAUCGAAUACGAUUGGGACGAUAUUCAGGCAAUGCUGGAGAUGCCAUGACAUCUGGACAGCCUAGUGCAGGACAUGAUAAUAUGAGGUUCUCUACCCGUGAUAGUGACAAUGAUUUAUCAGGGUCUAAUUGUGCAUACAUUGGUGGUGGGGGAUGGUGGUAUGACAACUGCAGGUUUGCCAAUCUUAAUACUGGCUCUAGCAUUUACUGGCAGCAGCUAUGCAAAGGAGACUGUCAGUCUAGUGAUAUACUUAUUCAGCCUGUUUAUAGUUGCCCAGAGGAUGGAGGGGGUGGAGGUGAUGGUGGUGGAGGUGAUGGUGGUGGAGGUGAUGGUGGCGGAGGAGACGGUGGCGGAGGAGACGGUGGCGGAGGAGACGGUGGCGGAGGAGACGGUGGCGGAGGAGACGGUGGCGGUGGAGACGGUGGUGGAGGAGAUGGAGGGGGCGGUGGUGGAGGGGAUGGUGGUGGAGGAGACGGAGGGGAUGGUGGUGGAGGAGGUGGAGGUGGUGGAGGGAAUGGGGGCACAACACCAAAUCCAUGUCAAUAUGACAAAUAA